ACAAGAAAGACUCGUGUUAGCGAAUAGCAUCGUAUAUUAUAAACAAAGUAACCAAACAAAAUCGAGUAAGAAACGUGUGAUUGUAAAAGCUAACGUUACAUUUACACGUAAUUCAAGAUGUAUUUCUAAAUUCCUGUUUAGUAGGGAUACGUGUUGAAGAACAAUCAGAACAAUGGAGUCAUGUCUGAAUUACAAACCCGAGCGAGUUGGCUCGGUAACGGUUGAAGACCUGAAAAAGGAUCUAUUUGCGGAGUUCUCCAAACUAUCAAGGGAGUCGGUGUCACUGAAGAAAGAGCAUUUGCAGGUCUAUUUGCGUGUGCGUCCGUUCACUGCUGCGGAAGGAGAGGAGGAGAAGUGUAUCUCAAUUGAGACACCGGAUACUGUGGUUCUGAAGGCACCAAGAGCAUCUCUGACAGCCAGACAAAGUGAGAGACUCGGACCCCAGCUUGCACAGCGAUUUCAGUUCUCACAGGUGUAUGGCCCAGAAACAACUCAAAGACAGAUGUUCGAUGGGACAACAAAGAGUCUUGUGAAAGAAGUGCUGGAGGGAGGAAAUUCCUUGAUCUUUACUUAUGGAGUUACCAAUGCUGGGAAGACGUUUACAUUUCUUGGCCCUGAAUCAGACGGUGGAAUUCUGCCAAGGUCCCUCAAUCUGAUUUUUAACAGCAUAGAAGGCAGAAUUUAUUCUGAAAAUAACAUUAAGCCUCAUCGAUGUGUUGACUUUACAAGACUCACUAAAGAGCAACAGGAUGAUGAAGCUACAAAUAAGAGAAACCUUCUUCGACGAUUUAAAGAUAGUGACUCACAGAAGACCAUGUCAAGUAUCUCUAGUUGUUCGUCACUUGAAAGCUCUACCUCUAGUGAUAUAGACGGAGACUGUGUGUGUUUGGAUGAGUCCCCUCACGUUAAAUUCUCAGUCUGGGUCUCUUUUUGUGAAAUCUACAAUGAAAACAUCCACAACCUGCUUGAUGUUGUUCCAAAUGGCUCUCACAAGAGGACCACUUUGCGGUUAGCCCAAGAUGUUAAAGGGAAUGCUUUUGUCAAAGAUCUGAAAUGGGUUCAAGUGAACAGUGCAGAUGAAGCAUACAGAUUUGUGAAAAUCGGAAGGAAAAAUCAAAGUUUCUCAUCCACUAAGCUCAACAACAUCUCUAGCAGAAGCCAUAGCAUAUUUUCCAUUCGAAUAUUGCGGAUUGAAGAUGUGUGUGUUCCUCGAAUACAGACAAUAAGCGAGUUGUCAUUAUGUGAUUUGGCUGGAUCUGAGCGAUGUGCAAAGACUCAGAACAGAGGAGACCGGUUAAAAGAAGCUGGAAACAUCAACACUUCACUGUUAACUCUGGGAAAGUGCAUUAAUGCUCUGAGGCUCAAUCAAACUCAAUCCAAGUUUCAUCAGCAUAUUCCCUUUAGAGAGAGUAAGCUCACACACUUCUUGCAGGGUUUCUUCUGUGGUCGUGGAAAAGCCUGCAUGAUCAUCAACAUUAACCAAUGCGCCUCAAUGUACGACGAAACCCUUAAUGUCCUCAAGUUCUCAGCAGUGGCUCAGAAGGUAGUGGUCCUCAAUCCAAAACCAGCUCCUACCAUCGUGGCUAAGAGAUCUGCAAGAGAUGUGUCCAUGAUUAUCAAUAAUGCUGACCAGAAGAACUGGACCAGGAGAAGCUCACUGAUGAGUUGGGAGAUGAGCCUAGAGGAUGUGCAGGAGGAUGAAGAUGAUGACAUGGGUGAGGAAGAAGUGGAGAGUGAUGAUGAGAGCAUGGAAGAAGAAACUGUGCUAGAUGCUGCAGACAGUCAAGAGCUGCAGGAGCUUCAGAUGAAAAUCGAAGAGCUCAAAGACAAGCUGUCCAAAGACGAGUCUGAAAAGUUGGCCAUGGAAUCUCGAAUUCGUGAAGAAGUCACCGCAGAAUUCAUGGAGCUGUUUUCUAACAUGGAGAAGGAUUACAAUGAACGUCUCCAAAGAGAAAAGGAAAUUGUUGAGGAAAGAGCAGACAGGAGGCUUGAGAUACUUAAGAAUCUGGUAAACAGAACCAUUGGAGAAAUAAACUCUGACCAUUCUAAUGAGAAUUCUGCAAAGGAGGCUGAGAUUAAGUUGUUGGACAGCAUCAUUGAGACAAUGCAAGAUGAUCUAACUAAGAUAAAAGGCGAUGCAGAGGCAGUACAGACAUGUCUGACAAACGUUCCCGACUUGCUCGAAACAGUCAAUCAUCUGAAGACACAGCUGGAAGAUACGACCGAGCAGCUUGGCAAGAGCCAACAUAUUCUCAGUCUUAAAACUAAAGAGUUUGAAGCAAUGUGUGCUCAGGCGCGGGAAUCAAAUGACCAGCUUCAGGAGGCAAAAAUGAAAGUGAGAUGUCAGGAACUGAUGUCAAUCUGUCAGGAGAAAGAUGACAUGAUCUCCAAGUUACAGACAACUUUGGACCAAAAUGUUGAGGCAGCUACUAAAGAUAGGGCCUUUAUUGACACCAUCAAAGAGGAAAUCCUUCAUCUGAGAAAUAACUGUACGUGUAUGUCGAAUGAAGAUGGUGUUCCUAGAGAGGAGGAAAUACUGACCCAGGAAAUUCAACAGCUCCUUCAAGAUCUGAAAAUGAAAGAUGAGCAACUGAAUGAGCUUAAACACGAGCAAAGUUCACUGGAGAAGAAAGUGUGUGAUCUCAAUGAUAGAUUGGCAAAGCAGACACAUGUAAAUGAAGCCACUGCUUCCUCUUUGGUGAUGGAGAGAGCAGAGGUCACCAAAGUCACUAAUGAAAACAAAGCACUUGCCAAUGAGCUGCAUCAACUUCAGCAAGCGGCCAAAGACAUGAGCUCACAGCUCAAAACUGUUCAGAUGGAACUGCAAAGUCAGGGGAAGGUGGCCAAUGAGCUUUCGGAAGAACUGGAUGCAGCCAAAUCUCAGAUUAAGAAACAUCAAGAAGGGUCUUGCGGUCAGUCUGAAACUAUCAAAUCAUUAAUGACGGAGGUGGAUCGUUUACGUCAAGAACUUGGUGCUAACCAGUCAUCCCGUGGCGAAACGGAGGCACUCCGUCAUGAAUUUGAGAAGAAGGUGGAGCCAUCUCAGAAGAAGAACAGACGGAUUGCCGACCUUGAGCAGGAGCUCAGCCAGACCAGAGUACAAAUGUGCCAGCUGGAAGAAGUCUGCAGUCAGCUCGAGUGUGACGCCCAGGUGCAGGAGCACAAGAGCCUACUGAGCCAUCAUGAAGCAGAGAAGCUCAACACGGCCCGAAUAAGAAGCAACUCGGAGCUGGUGGUACAGCUGAAUGCUCUGAAACAACAGCAGGGGAUGCUGGGAAAACAGGAUCAGGGCACCAGAGAUGAGCGCUGGAAAACUCUGGUGGAACAACUUGUGCAAGUGCUGAGCGAACUGAACCAGAAUGAUGAGGUUCUAAACAUAGCAAGAGCCGUUGUAGAGCAGCAGCUUUCUAAGGCCAGUGAGGAAACCGAGCAGAGAAUAAAUGAGAUGCAGAAGGAACUGGCUCACAAAAACACAGAACUUGAGAAGAAAGCCCACGAGCUGUUCAAGUCGAGAGAUCUCGUGAAUGAUGGACUGAAUAAAAUGGAGACCAUGAGUUGCUCAUUGCAGCAGCUGGAGCAAGAGCGAUCAGAUGCCAGAGAGAAAUUAUGUGAAGCUACAGCGCAAAUUGAACAAUUACAGAAACAGAUCUCGAGCUUGAGUGAGGAAAACCGAUUGGUUCAGCAGAGACCAUGUAAAGUUGAGGAGAUGAGGGAUCAGGCUCGGCACAGCUUGAGCCGUAAAGAGCAAAGUAUUGAUCCAUUGCAGUCUGUGCAAUCCAACCGUUCCAAAGAAAAUAUACAGCUUUGCCAAUCAACAUAUCUAGAUAUUUUGGCAGAGCAGACUGAGGUGAUGCGUGUAACCUUCAAAAAAGAGCGUGCACAGAUAGAUCAAGAGGAAUCGCUUGAGGCCGGAUUAAAUGAUACUGAAUCCAUAACUGAAGAUCGUGCAAAACCGCAGGACACAUGUCGCAAUGAAAAUGCUGGCGAUCCCAAGCAUCAUAGCAUCAAAGAGCUGCCUAAUGAGCAGGCAGAUGAUAACCAGGAAAGAAGGCAGGAAAAGGGACUUCAAGAAGCCAUGGGGGAAGAGGUGAGAGCGGUCCAGACAUCAGGGCAACUAGAGGGCCACCAGCAUGGCAUGCUGCAGCUGGAGCUGGAAAUGUUAAAGCAGCAGCUGGCUGAGAAACAAGGUGCCAUUUCAAAAUUACAAAAGGAAAGGGAUGAUUUGGCUGCUUCUUUUAAAUCUGAAACCCAGAAUAACAUCCGUUCUGAACAGGCUUCCGAUGUGAAGUCAAAUGAAGGUGACACUUUAAAUCCAACACAAGAGCAGGUGGCAGUACUGGACUCUUCCGUUCUUUCCACGAAGAGUCUAAGAGAACAGCGCUUCCCUAAACCUCAGCUGGAAAUUAGUUUCACUCCACUUAAACCUGACCGAAUAAAUGUCAGGAAACCAGGAGAGGAAGAAUCUGUUACAAUCAAACUCAGACGCACAGCCAGAAAGAGAAAGAGCCCAGAAAUGCAGAAUGCGGUGGAGUCUGAAAAUCGAAAAAACAGACGGCUCAGGGUGAACAAGGAGAACAUCAAUUCUGUUGAAACUCCUACAGUGCAAGGAAAAACAGCGAGUCCGUUAAAUCAGAAAGAUUCUCCAGCCAGCCUGAAAGCUAAAAAAGACGGCGCGCUCCAGAAGAUUGGUGACUUUAUUCAGGGUUCUCCAACUCUCUUUGGUAGCAAAGCCAAGAAGAUCAUGAGCAUGGUUAAAUCCCCCGAACCUCUGAGGCCUUCCAAGAACAACAAACCCAAGAGAUCCAAACGGAAGCUCUUUAAGACCCACGUUUCCUCUCCGAUGGACAUACCCUCUCAUCCUGUUGGAGGUUGUGAGGAUGAUAAAGAGAGCGAUCAUUUGAUUAUCAAGAGAAAACUGAGAACAAGAACUGCUAAGUGAUUAUAAAAUCCUUAUUUUGAUGAUCAAGUGUAAUUGAAUUUUUUUUUAUCACUGGAAAGUUUUGUAAAUAGUUAUAAUAUGUUUGUUAAUGUUUUUGGAAUUGUGCUUUUUACUUCAGCUUUUGAUAUCCUGUGGACAAAAUAUGU